UCGCCUCUGGGUGGCAGUAAGACUACACUUCUAGGGUCUCGAAAGUCCAUGGCGCGAGGUCCAGACUAGUAUGUAGGGCACCAUAGGUGACAGCUCGCUGGCCGGCGGACCCAUGGGGCCAUUGGCCAAAAUUAAAUCAGACGAGUGGGGCAAACACUACCAUCAGUGUGCAGAGAAACCAGAGGAUUACACCCAGAGGAAGCUGCUCUCCGUCACAGUCCGGACGCAACGAGUCUCAGUCAGGGAUGGGUACUGCUGCUCGUUGUGCUUCAGCGUCUUCAUCAUUCAGACUGGCUUUGGUUCCUCUUUGUGUGUUGUACUGUAGGUAAGGACCAUUGGAAGUCAAGAGUGGUGAGCAUGGCAGAGGGGAGAUCGUUGUUGGCCACAGGACGGAGUAUGUCGGAGGGCUCGGAGCGGCCGCCAUCGGUGGACACGAGGCCGUUAGGUGUGGAGGUCGGCAGGCCAGGGAGAGAGGCCAGGCCCGUGGGAGAGCCCUCCUCCCGGGGCUCUGUCAUGCACCCCGAGAGGGUCACCCUGGUGGUGGACGGCACACACUUUGUGGUGGACCCAGCGUUAUUCACCGCACACCCGGACACCAUGCUGGGCAGGAUGUUUGGCCCAGCUCGGCAGCACAACUUCACGCGGCCCAAUGCGAAGGGAGAGUACGAGAUAGUGGAGGGCAUCAACGCCAGCAUCUUCCAUGUCAUCUUGGACUACUACAGAGGGGGCAUUCUGCAGUGUCCAGAGGGCAUCUUGGUGGCAGAGCUCCGGGAGGCCUGUGACUACCUAUGCAUCAACUUCGACUACAACACUGUCAGAUGUCGCGACCUCAGUGCCCUCCUACACGAGUUGUCCAAUGACGGUGCCCGUAGACAGUUUGAGGGCUACUUGGAGGAGCUGGUAGUUCCAGCCAUGGUGUCCAGUGCCCAGGAAGGGGAGCGAGAGUGCCACAUAGUGGUCCUGACCGACGACGACACUGUGGACUGGGACCAUGACAACCCUCCACCCAUGGGCGAGGAGUACUCACAGAUCAUAUACAGCACCAAACUGUACAGAUUCUUCAAGUACAUUGAGAACAGAGAUGUGGCCAAAGCUCUGUUGAAGGAACGAGGCCUGAAGAACAUACGCAUUGGCAUCGAAGGGUACCCCACAUGUAAGGAGAAGGUGAAGCGUCGCCCGGGCGGGAGGUCGGAGGUCAUCUACAACUACGUGCAGCGGCCCUUCAUCCACAUGUCCUGGGAGAAGGAGGAGGGCAAGAGUCGCCACGUGGACUUCCAGUGUGUGCGCAGCAAGAGCGUGCCUAACCUCACCGCCGCCCUGGCAGAGGGGCCCCCGCGGCCCGGGGGCGCCACCCCCGCCCCACAGGUGGACGAGCUGGACCGCCUCAACGGACCCUCCCCUCAGCCCCCGACAUCCCUCUCCAUGCCCAGCUAUGAGUGCUGAGCUGCAGACACAGAGAUAUAUAGAAGUUACAUACGCAACUACUGUAUAUAUCUAUGUGCUGAGCCAUCUGUGCUGCCAUCACAAGAGGACAAACGUAUUUUGUCUUUGAAGGUGAAAAUACCUGUAAAUAGGCCUACUGGUUAUACCAGUCAAUGUUUUGACCAAUGACCAUUGGUCAGUGUGUGUACCAAAGCAUAGGCGGUAUGCACAACACACAAGCCAUGUGGAGUAUGAUUUUGUAAAUUAUUUGUAUAUAUGAAAAAAGGGGUGUUGACAUUCAUUUCUUGCUGGUGUUUUGGAGUUAACCGUCUCAUCACAUGACUGGUUAAAGGUCCAAUGUGUAAGAUUUCUCCUUCUUGGCAGGGAAAUGAUAGCCUGACGACCAGCCCAUAAUACUUCUUUUCAUUCAUAUUCAUAGUUCUUUUCUGGGGAAGGUUUAGUCGGCUACCAGGCGGCCUGCCAAUGAGCAAACGAUUGGGUGAGAGCUGUCCAAUCGUUUCAUACCAGAACUGAGUGCAAUCCUCCCGUCCUUCUACUGCAAUCGCGUCAGGUCAAAGAACCUCCAGACCAUGAAUACGAAUGAAGAGAAGCAGUAUGGGCGGGUCAUGCAGGCUAGGGCAAUGAAGUGAUAAUAACAUAGUUGUGAGUUUAUCACAUCAGUGGCCAUUUGGAAGCGUGUAUUGCCUUACUUAUUCGACAAGAUUGUUCAAGAUGGAGCAUGAACAUAGCCUGACGAGCACACCCAUUUCAGCUACUAAUGAAAAGAGGUGGAGAGGCACAGGCUAGUCAGGCUAGCAUGAACAUGACUUCAUGCACAUAUGAAUGUAAAAUUUAAGCAAUUGGAAGACUUUAGUCUAAUGUUGGUUAUUCGUUAAUAAGGUCAAACUUGUGAUUGGAUUGGACUGAAAUUUACUGGUAAAUCUACAAUGCUACAAACUGGGCCUUUAAGAUGAGGUUUGAUAUCGGAGGCAAGAUGACUGGUUUCAGGCAGGAAAUCAUAGCGAUAUGUUGAUGUGUAUGCUACCAGACACAACUUUUUUUGGAUUUCAUGUAUUGUUUUUUAUAUUUAAAUAAUUAUCUGGGUUUUUGUAAAUAUAUUUUGUAUUCAACCCAGGGACGUCAAAAGGACAACUCAAUGAAGCAUCAACAUUUUUGGUAAAAAUAAAAUGGAAAAGCAAUAACUAUUCAUGUAUUAAAAGUGAAAUGUGACUCCAAUCUCUUUACUCUAACAAUAUCAUACAGUAUGCAUAAGUGCCCUUUUUAAAUUUUAAAACAUCAUCAAACAUCAUGAUGGUGAAAAUAAGUUUUAUUUUAUUCUGAAAGCAUAUUGUUCAAGCUGAAUUGAAUCCAGAUCGAUCAAAGGCUAGGAAAUGAACAGACAUAAAUACUUGAGUUUUUUUUACAUUUGAAAUCCUACUCAACCAUUCAUAAAACAUGCAAACUCAUUCUAGAAAAACACUGUAAAUAUGCCUUUGGCUUAAAGCAUGUGUAUUCACACAGGAAUACAAGUAUGAAAGGGUUUCAACUACCAGGGUUAGGUCUCAUAUCUUACACACACGUGCACACACACGGAAUGCUUAAGUUAUCUCAUCACAUAUCCUCACAACAGGCUCACUUGGAUGACAGAAGAUGACCAAAAAGAAAUCUCAAAUCUAAUAAACUAGAGACCAUACAGUAACUUGCUGGACAUUAUGCACAUUCCUUGAACUAAGGACUUGAUAAAAACCUUAUGAAAAAACAUGACCCACAGGUCAAUGAAAUAUCACACAUCCCUCAGUCCAGACAUGGAUAAAGCCUGUUAGGUGGGAGUUAAACAUGGGUGAUAACCCUCCACACAUCAAAGUUAUGACACACAAUAUGAUGCUAUCACUCUCUCAUCUGAAGUGCUUUUUAACAUGAGAACCUCUGAGAGGAAGUUCAGCUCAGAGUUCACAUCAUUCUGUGAAGGAAAAGUCAUCAACUUAUAGAGUAUAUGCGUCAAACACAAGCUCACUGAGACCUCGAUUUCAACAAGAAACCUUCUCAAGUUUGAGUCACUGUGAUGUCUCUGAUGAGUUUGCUCUGUACCGUUUUCCUAUGACAAGUACCACUCCAACUAAUGGUGCUCUUUAUAAAUCAAAAUGGACACAGCAAAUAGUAACAAAAAAGCAAGACUUGUCAAAGAGAGCAAUACCAUAGAACACAUCAUUCAGCUGUCCAUGUCAGAAGCAAAAGAGAUUAAAAAAAGAACAUAUAUGUAACGUUACAUAGUAUUCAUAAAUACAACAGCUACAAAAACAAAUGCUGAAAGUGCCUUUUAAAAAAGAAUGAUGUAGUAAGAACUUGGGAAACGAUACAGAGAAGAACACUAGUUUGAGAAUGUGUGAAUCCCCUUAAAGAAUUAGUGAGUAACUUUAGUAGUUUUAUUUCCAAAAUAUACUAUGCUGCCAUUCACGUUUGAUCUUUUUUUUCCUCACAAAUAUUGGUCUAUUCUCACCACAAUAAGAUUUUGCAGCCAACAUUGUCUAUGAGGUCUAUCACUAUUAAUUCAAAAUAUAAGACUGACGUGGAGAAAACCCACCUAUUCAUGUAUGAAAAGUGUACAUUUCCAAAGUCAAACCAUAAUGAAAACUCUGAUGGUGGUAGUAGUCAUUCAUGAAAAAGCUGAUAUUUGUGAAUGAGCAGCAUUCAUUCUGCAAACAGACUCAUAAAAAAGGACACACUCUAUCUCUAAAUAUGCUCUCCAUAUUUUCCUGACACUUCAUCCUGAAUAGUGUUCAUGAACUUCACAAAACAGAAAAGCAGUUUCCACUCCCAUCUGUGAGACCAGGAAAUGACACUAGUUCAACAGCUGUCUCUGACAAAAAUAAUAAUGAAAAGAAUAACUUAAAUAAACCCUUAUGGUUUCUGCAUUGGUAUUGCGAAGGGGUUUCGUUGAAAGGGCAAAACACACAAAGUAUAACAGUAAGAAAAGCAUGUAUGGAAAAAAAGAGCUGAUUCAAAAAUAUAUAUUAUUUUUUUUAUCAAAAGAUCUGCAUCAGCCUUGAAUUGUCAACCACUUUGAACUAUCAAACUAUCAGCAUGAUAUAAAAAUAUAAACUACUGCUAUGUUCUUUGGGUAAAAUCCAGCAAUAAUCAUAAAAAAGUUGCAUUGCAUCAUCUUAAGGAAAUAUUUCACAAGUAGUAGGAAAUACAAAUGUAAGCACUACCACCACAUGGUAGCGCUGUAGAAAAUACAAAAAGAGAACACGAUAAAGGCAUUGAUUCACCAGUUCAACACUAUGUGACUCCACCAGACAUAUACAGAUUAUUCCUGGAAAAGGGGGGCGGUUCUUUCCAUUUUUGGCAGACGGGGUGAUCUCAUCAACCCAGAUAUAACACACACACACACACACACAUACACACAGAAAUACCCCAACACAUAGACAAACACAUUCACAAACACACAUGCGCCCGCUCUCUCUUUCUCUGGCUCUCUCUCUGUCACACACUCUCUCUCUCUCUGUCACACACACAUACGCACGUAAUAUGUACACACACACACACACACACACAGUCCACUCCCAUGGCAGCAGCAGUGAGAGCGAGUGAGAGAGCGAGAGAGCAGCAGUGGAGGAGGGUUAUGAGUGGAGUGGAGUGGAGCGGAGUGGAGCGUGCUUCUCUGCCAGGUCUGUCUGUGGUUUCCUGUGGUGGGGCUGAGAAACCAGCCUACUCAGGGUGGAGCACAGUUCAGUGCAGAACCAGUUCACAACAAGAGCUUACUUACACAGGCACACACACACACACACACACACACACACACACACACACGCGCGCGCGCACCCACACACACGGACGGAUGUACACACACACACGGACGGACGUACACACAGCUUCUAAGCAGCACCCCUCUGAGGAGUCAGUCACAUAGUGGCAAUAAGGGAGGUGAGGGCACACACGGAGAUAAUGUAGGGGAGCAACCACACCACACACAAAAAAAAACGUUCAUGUAAGGAGGGCCAUUUGGGACACACAGUGCAAAUGGAAACUCUUACAUUUCCUCUUCACCCACACGCUUUGAAAGGAAAAAAAGAAAAUGAAAUAAAAAAAGAAACGGCAACAGUAAAAAAAA